ACCUUCACUGCCUGGUGCAACUCUCACCUGCGUAAGGCAGGGACACAGAUCGAGAACAUUGAAGAAGACUUCAGGAAUGGACUCAAACUCAUGCUGCUGCUGGAGACCGUGGAAAAACGUUUCUUCUCUUUAUUUACUUUUUUUCAUUGGGUUUCUUCCUGGCUAUGUCUGCCCUUGCAGGAUGACCCUAUUGGCAACCUCAACACUGCUUUUGAGGUAGCAGAGAAAUACCUUGACAUCCCUAAAAUGCUUGAUGCAGAUGACAUUGUGAACACUCCGAAACCUGAUGAGAAGGCUAUCAUGACCUAUGUGUCAUGUUUCUACCAUGCUUUCGCUGGAGCAGAGCAGGCUGAGACAGCAGCUAACAGAAUCUGCAAAGUGCUGGCCGUGAACCAGGAAAAUGAGAAGCUGAUGGAAGAAUAUGAGAAACUGGCCAGCGAGCUUCUGGAGUGGAUCCGUAGGACCAUCCCCUGGUUGGAGAACCGCGUGGCCGAGCAGACCAUGCAUGCCAUGCAGCAGAAGCUAGAGGAUUUCAGGGAUUAUCGACGUGUGCAUAAGCCACCCAAGGUUCAGGAGAAGUGUCAGCUGGAGAUCAACUUCAACACCCUACAGACCAAGCUGAGGCUCAGCAACAGGCCUGCCUUCAUGCCCUCUGAAGGCAAAAUGGUUUCAGACAUUGCCAAUGCCUGGAAGGGUCUGGAGCAGGUAGAGAAGGGUUACGAGGAGUGGCUGCUCACAGAAAUCCGUCGUCUGGAGAGACUGGACCACCUGGCCGAGAAGUUUAAGCAGAAGUCUACCUUGCACGAAUCAUGGACCACAGGAAAGGAGGAGCUGCUGUCUCAGAAAGACUAUGAGUCCGCCUCUCUAAUGGAGAUCCGUGCUCUGAUGAGGAAACACGAGGCAUUUGAGAGCGACCUCGCUGCUCACCAGGACAGAGUGGAGCAGAUUGCUGCUAUUGCACAGGAGCUCAAUGAACUGGAUUAUUAUGAUGCUGCUACCAUCAAUGCCCGAUGCCAGGGCAUCUGUGACCAGUGGGACAACCUGGGCACCCUGACCCAGAAAAGGAGAGAAUCACUGGAGCGUGUGGAGAAGCUUUGGGAGACAAUUGACCAGUUGUACCUGGAGUUCGCCAAGAGGGCAGCACCCUUCAACAACUGGAUGGAUGGAGCUAUGGAAGAUCUGCAAGACAUGUUCAUUGUUCACAGUAUUGAGGAGAUUCAGAGCUUGAUCACAGCCCAUGACCAAUUCAAGGCCACCCUACCAGAAGCUGAUAAGGAACGCAUGGCCAUCAUGGGCAUUCAUAGCGAGAUCCUGAAGAUAGCUCAAACAUACGGCAUUAAGGUAGUGGGCGAGAAUCUCUACACUGUCCUUUCUCCUCAGGAUAUUAGCAACAAAUGGGAAGCUGUGAAGCAACUGGUCCCAAUGCGUGACCAGACGUUGCAGGAGGAAGUAGCCAGGCAGCAGUCCAAUGAGAGGCUGAGACGCCAGUUUGCUGCUCAGGCCAAUAUCAUUGGACCCUGGGUUCAGACCAAGAUGGAGGAGAUCAGCCACGUGUCAAUUGAUAUUGCCGGUUCUCUAGAGGAACAGAUGAGCAAUCUGAAAACAUAUGAGCAGAACAUCAUUAAUUACAAGUCCAAUAUUGACAAACUGGAAGGAGACCACCAGCUCAGCCAGGAGGGUCUUAUCUUUGACAACAAGCACACCAACUACACUAUGGAGCAUGUGCGUGUAGGAUGGGAGCAGCUCCUCACCACUAUCGCCCGUACGAUCAACGAGGUUGAGAACCAGAUCUUGACCCGUGACGCCAAGGGCAUCAGCCAGGAGCAGCUGAACGAGUUCAGAGCCUCCUUCAACCACUUUGACCGGAAGAGGAAUGGCAUGAUGGAUCCUGAUGACUUCCGUGCUUGCCUAAUUUCUAUGGGUUAUGAUCUGGGCGAAGUUGAAUUUGCACGCAUUAUGACUCUGGUGGACCCCAACAACACAGGAGUUGUUACCUUCCAGGCAUUUAUUGACUUCAUGACCAGGGAGACAGCCGAGACAGACACUGCUGAGCAGGUCAUGGCCUCCUUCAAGAUCCUGGCUUCUGACAAGCUGUACAUUACAGUGGAGGAGCUGAGGAGGGAGCUGCCCCCAGAACAAGCCGAAUACUGUAUCAGCCGCAUGACUAAGUACAUUGGCGGUGAUGCUACCCCAGGCUCCCUGGAUUAUAUCUCCUUCUCCAGUGCCCUGUAUGGAGAAAGCGACUUGUAGAGCCCUUCCUGACAUGUACACCACUCACAACAUCCCCUACACCCUACUCCAAAAUUCAUGAAACCCUUAAAUAUCUAACUCCAGGAACAA